AAACCCUACAAGUGUGACCAAUGUGAUUACUCUGCUGCACAGAAAGCUAAUUUGGACCUACAUCUAACGAAACACACCGGUGAAAAGCCCUACAUGUGUGGGGAGUGUGGGUACAGGGCAGCUUGCAAGUCCAACUUAUCCAGACACAUGAAAACUCAUACCGGGGAAAAACCCUUCAAGUGUGACCAGUGUAACUAUUCUGCUGCACAGAAAUCCUCUUUGGACAAACAUCUACUGAAGCACACCGGUGAGAAACCCUACAUGUGUGGGGAGUGUGGGCUCAGAACAGCUCUGAAAUUUACUUUAUUAAACCAUAUGAGAACUCAUACUGGUGAGAAACCCUACAAAUGUGACCAGUGCGACUAUUCUGCAGCACGUAAAUCCACUUUGGAGGACCACAUAACAAAACACACUGGUGAGAAACCCUACAUGUGUGGGGAGUGUGGGUACAGGACAGCGAAGAAGUCUCACCUAUCAAAACACAUGAGAACUCACACAGGGGAAAAACCCUACAAGUGUGACCAGUGUGACUAUUCUGCUACUUGUAAGUCCAACUUGGACAGACAUCUAGCCAAACACACCGGUGAGAAACCCUACAUGUGUGGGUACAGGGCAGCUUAUAAGUCAGACCUAUCCAUGCACAUGCGAACUCAUACAGGAGAAAAACCCUACAAGUGUCACCAGUGUGACUAUGUGGCAGCACGGAAAUCGCACUUGGACCAACAUGUAUUGAGACACACUAGAGAGACACCCUUCAAGUUCAAGUGUGACCAGUGUGACUAUUCUGCAACAAGGAAAUCUUCCUUAGAUGACCACCUUAGAGAACAUGCCCAGGAGAAACCCUACGUGUGUGAUAAAUGCGGGUACAGGGCAGCUACAAAGGAUGAACUGUCUGUACAUAUCAAAACUCACGCCACAUAA